CCCCAAACCACUUUCCCAACUCGCUUUAUUCCAUCGGGCAUACCUCACGGCCAGAAUUGGAAGGCGAUCUCUUCCAACGCCACUUGUAUAGGGUUCCUCGUCCCUCUCCCUCCCCCCUCACCAUUCGAGCUAUCUCAAAAGGUUAGCGAGGGGGUCGACCAGAAGCGGUUCGAAUAGAACGAAUUGGGCGCUAAUCGAAGCUCCAAGGAGGAGAAUGGCGGAGUUAGCGGGGAGUGAUACUUUUGUGGGGAACGCUGAUGAUGCGAAUUGGAUGCCGAAAGUGGAUAUGGAAUUUAAGACCGAUGAGGAGGCUUACCAAUUUUAUAACAAUUAUGCUAAGGUAGUAGGGUUCAGUGUCCGGAAAGCUUGGAUUAACCGGCGGGCAUCGGGAGUUGUCAUAUCGAGGACUUAUGUCUGCCAUAAAGAAGGUUAUCAGGGGAACAGGAGAGAUGAGAGUGAGGUGAAGAAACCCCGGCAGAAUGAACGGACUGGCUGCCUUGCACAUUUGACAAUCAAAAUUACAGAAAAUGGGACAUAUCGGAUUAGUGAAUUUCACCCAAUGCACAACCAUGAGCUUGUAGCACCAGGGAAAGCUCACGCGUUGAAGUCACAUAGAGUUGCAAAACGGUCUCGAGCUGCUGUUGCCGGAAUGAUGGCAUCACAGAAGGCGAAGAUCGAGUAUUUGGUAAGGCAAGCUGGGGGAUAUCGGCAGGUCAGGUUCUUCUCUGUGGAGGAUGCUGCCAACAAGAGUUGGGCACCGAAAGUCGAUAUGGAGUUUGAAAAUGACGAGAAGGCUUAUCAGUUUUAUAAUGAAUAUGCGAGAAGGAUUGGUUUCGACGUAAGAAAGGCUUGGAUUAACCGAAAAGCUUCAGGGGUGAUUAUUUCCAGGACAUAUGUAUGUUAUAAGGAAGGCUUUCAUGGAAACAAGAAAAAUGAGAGCCAGGUACAACAACAUCGACUGCGAUCAAGUGAGAGAACAGGUUGUCAUGCUCGUAUGACCAUUAAACUUGCUAAGAACGGUAGAUAUCGUGUGAGUGAAUUUUACUGGGACCACAACCAUGAGUUUGUGACAGCACGAACAGCUCACACAUUAAAAUCACACAGAACUGCUAACAGGGCUCGAUUUCAUGUAGUGAACUAUGAGGAUGACUCUAGGGUGGAACCCAUAGCUAAAGAUGAGAAUUUGAGUGAACUGACUGUUGCCAAUCAACAGGGCGAUCUUCUUCCUUCCCACUGUAAGAAUUAUUUGCAUGCCAAGCGUAAGGAUACCCCGAAGCCAGGAGAUGUAGGUGCUAUGUUGCAGUACUUGCAAGGGAGACAAGUCGAUGACCCUGCAUUUUAUUAUGCAAUACAUCUUGACAGUGAAGAUCAAGUAACAUGCUUUUUCUGGAGGGACGGGAGGUCUGCUGUUGACUAUGGCUACUUUGGUGACGUGGUCUGCUUUGAUACAUCAUAUAAAAUGAAUAAUUAUGGCAGGCCCUUAGCUCUAUUCUAUGGUGUAAAUCAUCAUAAGCAAAUUGUUGUUUUUGGUACAGCAUUGAUGUAUGAUGAUACUGAAGAGUGUUUCAAGUGGUUGUUUGAGACUUUCAAAAGUGCAAUGAAUGGAAAGGAACCAAAUGUAGUCCUAACAGAUCAAAAUAUGGCAAUUACCAAUGCUCUUGAUCUCGUUUGGCAUGGUACAAAACAUCGAGGAUGUGCGUGGCAUAUGUACCAAAAUGCAACAAAAUACUUGGCUCAGGUCUUUCAAGGUUCCAGGACUUUUGCAUCUGACUUCCGUAAAUGUCUCUAUGACUGUGAGGAUGAUGAAGAGUUUGCCUCAGAAUGGAUAAAGAUGUUAGAGAAGUAUGAUCUCAAAGAAAAUAUAUGGUUGAAGAAAUUGUUUGAAGAGAGGGACAAUUGGUCGGUGGCAUGUGGGCGAGGAAUGUUCUGUGCAGACAUGAGUAGCACUCAACGUACAGAAAGCUUGAGCAGCAUGCUAAAGGAGCACUUGAGACAGGAAAAUGAUCUCUUACAAUUCCUUGGGAAUUAUGAAAGAGUGUUGUAUGGACGGAGAUAUGAAGAAUUACUGGCUGAUCAUCAUGCCACUGAAAGUAACUCAUUAGUAGCUUCUUCACGAAUGUUGAGGCAAGCCGCAAAUAUAUACACACCAGCUGUCUUUGACAUUUUCCAAAAGGAGUUUGAGUUGUCACUCGACUGCAUGGUAUACAAUGCUGGCAUGGUAGAGACAACCUAUGAAUAUAAGGUUACAUCCGAGGGGAGCCUGAAAGUGCACUUGGUAAGACUAAACCCUCUUGAUGGUACUCUGGUUUGCAGCUGCAAAAAGUUUGAGUUUGUGGGAAUCCAAUGUCGGCAUGUCCUAAAAGCACUUGAUGUUACAAAUAUCAAAGAGCUUCCACUAAGAUAUUUCUUGAAGAGGUGGAGGAAGGAUGCCAAGGUCAUCUCCUUGAGAGACAUGCAUGGGCUUGCAACUGACAAUGAACUCAAGUCAACCAGAGUCAAACGUUUCAGCUCCCUGUGCCAUAUUUUUAGCAUAAUUACAUCUAAGGCAGCAGAAACUGUUGAGGGUUGCAAAUUUAUUGAAAGCCAGUCAGAUCAAUUGUUAGUUAGUGUAUACCAAAUUUUACAAACACAAUUAGAAGGACCUCAAUUUGCUUAAGUUUUUUUUUCCUGUUCUGCACUUUGGACUUUAUGCUUAAUAUUAUUAACUGUGGAUAUAUUUUUACCCGAGUCUGAUGCAGGAAGCUUUGAAUUUAACCAGAUAGUGUAAUUUUUGGAUUGCUUUUGCCAAGUAAUAUGCAUUGAGAUCAUUUGUGAUUGGCCAAAUCUCGUAGUUGACUGGAUAAUUAGUAGGGCAUGUCAUACCAACAUUUGACAUGGAUGAAGACUUUCUGAAGUAUUUAAGAUGCAUCGAGGAUUGGAGUGUGUUUAGGCCCAUGUGAUCAUUGGUCAUCUUUCAGUGCCAUUGAGGAUCCUACUCACUUGGACUCCUACCAAUAUUGGUCAAGACUGCAAUAUUUGACAAAUAUGAUUCAGUCAAAGGACUACAGUGUGGAAUAUUCUUGAGUCUGUUCUGUUAGUACUUUCAUCCUAUACAGUCACUUGGAGUUGGAGGCAACAUAACCCUCUUUCAUUACCAAUCUAUUUAUACUACUUAUAACCAUCUCUUUUGUGGCAUUGUUGAAUUUGUGAUGUAAAGAAAGAAACCAAGGAUGGUUUUGGUAUCUCCUUUCUUUUGAUCAGGUUUUGUUUAGCCGAAUAAGGGCCGUAGUGCUUGUAUUCUGACUUUUGGUGCUUAUGAUGCAGAUCGAAUUCAUAGAAGAAGAAUUUUAUCGUUACAAAUCUCAUACAAGAAAUAUAUAUCUCCAGAUUAACAUGAUGACCCAGCAAGGAUACUGGCUUUUGAAGAGUUUAGUUAAUAAAAAUAUGGUGGGGCUUCAAAGAGUUUGAUGUUUGAAGUUUCUCGCUUUAUAUUAUUGUUGACAUUAAGUUGCAGUUGGCUGGUUUACAUUGAAGUCUGCAUUUAGAGGAGGAAUGCUCAUUGACAUGUCUCAGGUAUGAUCUAUUGCUUUGUAUAAUUGUUUAGCUAAAUUCAAGUUAUUCUCUGUGAUGAAUAUUUAUUGAUCAUGCAGACGAUUAUUGUCCUUUCCGUGUAACAGAUUAUAUAGUUACCUUUUAACUAAUUUUGAUGGGCGUGCCCUUGUUAUUUGACUCAAUAAAUUUGGUUAUGCUGUAGAGAACGUCCCUAGUUUUAACUUUUACAAUAGAGCAUCUAAAUUUAUUUUUACUUUCUUGUCACAGGACCUUCCUCUAGACUAAAUGCUUAUUUUGCAUUUUAAAAAUCAUCAACUAAUUUUUUCUUUUUUUCACUUUUUCAGUUGGUCAUCUCAGUUUUUAACUGGUUGACCCCUUAUGUUGCUUUUGCUAUAAUUUUUUCAAUACAAAAAAAUCAAUUGAAAAACAAGGUUUUAAAUCUUGAUCUAGUACCCAAUGUGGGUUCUUGGGAGGAUUGGUACAGCUAGGUGUCCCAUGUAUCAAGUGGAGGUAGGGGAGGAAGAAGAGCAGGCAAAGGAGUAGAAGAUGUCAACAAUGAUACAAUGGAGAGGGGGUGGAGGUGGUGAUACCUGGAGAAGGUGGAGAGAGAAAGAAAAAGAAAGAGAGUCGGACAGAUGUGAAGUGGCUGAGAGAGAGAGAAAUAGACAGAGAAGAGAUAACUGCACAUAUCUAUAAUUUUCUGAAGGAAAAAAAAUAUAUAAAUUUGAGCACCACUACCAGGUGGCGCAACUCAUAUUUGGUGAAAUUGUUCAAAAAUGGUUUGGUUUAUGUUUUGAUUGGUUGUGAGACUGGUAAAUAUCAAUUAUUUUAAACCUUGUUAAAAAGUAAUGUAAUUCAUACAAAUAUGAGCAGACUUAAAAGGUUACCGCUUAAGCUAUCAUAACUGAGUUGUAGAUGAUUAAAUCGAUUGUCAACAAGGAUGAAACAUAAUUCUGAUGUAAUUUGAAACAAUUAGACACAACUUUGACACAAUUCAUUCUGGACUAGCACUAAGAAUGGUAGGAAAUAAGGCACCACUGAUAAAAGUUUAAAAAUAUUCAUAAAUAUAAUGUGUAUAAGAUGCAUUCAUAUGCAUUCUAGUGAUCACUAUUGCUUUAAGUUCAACAGGCAUACAAUUUUUUUAAUUGAGCGUGAGCCAAAUAUCAAAAGUUUGGACCUAAGAAUUCAAUAAACUAAUAGAUAAAAGCAAUUCAUACAAACAUCAGGUGGUGAAUUACCUUUUCAAAAAAUAUCUGCUACAUUGUUCCUAACAAAAUUAGCUAAUUUAUGGGCUGUGCAGUUAGAAUUUUUAGCUACAGGACUCUAUCCAGUGAAAGCAACAACCUUCACAUGGCGAAAGAUGUCUUGACACAAGUUUCUCAGGUGCCAAGGGAGAUGGGAGGGAUUGGACAACAUGAUGAGGUUCUGAGAAUCCGGUCUGAGCCAAGAAACAGGUUACUUGCUUUGCGGUUGGAACAUCCAGCGAUUAAAGUGUUUCCCUGUGUAUCUGUGAGAAUGAAGCCAAUUCCAUCAGAGGAACAAUUAGCCUUGAAUGAGCCAUCACAAUUUAGGAAGUAGAGAGUGUCGGCGAGAUCAUUGUCAGUGUUAGAAUGGUUAGUUUGGUUGCGAAAGUGGCUUUUGUUCAGCUUCUUCUGCAGGAGCCAAAGACAAUUAGGUAUAUUCUCUACUAGAAACGUAUGAAGGUGUUAUUCCAGUUCAUGCAAGAGUUAUUGGAGAUCAAGGGUUCCAGAUUCCUGCCAAAGUCUGUUACAGAAUCUAUGUUGACAGCAAAUCAAUAGCAAUGGCCUUGAAGAAGAUGGCAUCAACAUCAUAAAAUAUGGCUCCACUGCUAGAGCUCACAUAGGGAGAAAAUUCAUCAGCUGAAUUCAGUUUCUGCUGUUUCCAGGAAAAAGAUCACAGGUGAUCAAGAAAUAGAAUGAAUCAGUGGUAACUUGGCUACUGUGAGUUGGGCCUUGCUGAGUGGAACAGUUCUGACCUUUGUUACCAAUUUAGCGUUAAUGUUUUGCUUCAGAGAUUGCUUGCCUGACUGUUGUUUGAAGCUGAACAAGCUUUUCUACCAGUGAUACAUGUUCCAAGUAUUUUUGGAUUCCUAAUAGAAACCAAAUCACUUGGCUAACAAGGUUACUUCACUGGUAAGUAACUCCAAGUAAGAAAAAGAACAUUCCAGAAUUAUCUUAUGUAUCUUAAAGUUUUAAUGAUGGAAGGUAUAGAGAAAAAACACUCUCAGUGGCUUAAUAUUUCUGCCAGUAGAUUUAGAAAGUUUGAGAUGAAAGUUUAUGUAAGAACGUGUACAAGAAGUUUUGAACUGAGUUGAGAUGAUAUAUAAGAGAUCUAUUUCUUGUA